AAACCUAAAUUGGAAGUGCAGUAGCCUGUAGGUCAUAAUUCUUGUUGUCCUUGGCUUGUGCGGACGUGUUUGGAAAAGCUCCGUCUUUACUCUAGCAGCCUCAAAAAGUCGACGGAAAGGUGAAAGCUAACCAGUCGGACGGAUUUCCCAUUUGUCCAUGCCUGGGGUUGCGUCCACUUCCGCGUAGAGUGACGGUAGCCACGUACAGUUAUUUCCUUGUUCACCGAACGACUGGGGAAUUACACCUGGGCAAAAAACGGUUCAUUGAUACUUGUCUUCUUGUGCUAUUAAAGCAAUCAGACGGUUUAUGCAGGACAAAUGCAUGCAGAGAACAACGUAAAAUCUAAGCGCCCAAGAGAAGCAUCAAUAGAUCCAGAAGCAAAUAACCCAAACAAGAUCGUCAUUAUGAAGUAUUAUCUGUUUUUCUUGGUAGGGUUAGCUCAUGUUUCUAGGAUCUGGGGUUUCAAUUGUCAUCAUCACCACCAGCAUGAAAUAUGCAUUUGUGAUAACAAACUCAUUGGUUCCAGUGCUAGCUCCAAGUUGAUUUGUAUGGAUCCCAAGACAUUAUAUAAUUCAUACGUAAUUGAAUAUGCUGUUAAAAGAAGAGUAAGACUCGAAUGCAACGAUGUUGUUCCUUUCAAAAGAGGAAUGUUUAACAGUUACAACAUCACAGAAAUUGACACCUUCCAUUUCAUCAACUGUCCUUUACCAAACAUGACAUUUAAAGAACUCCUCCAGGGAAUGCGGAUAUUGCAGCUAAAGUUUGAGAGUCGAAGAGAAUACUCGUUAAUUAAACCACGGUUUUUCGAAAACCUAAAUGAAUUAAAAACUUUGAGUCUAGUAAGGAAUGGAUUUUCCGUUCUUCCACUUAACAUGUUCUCAAACCUAUCAACGCUACACGCACUCCAGCUUUCAGGUAAUAAACUGCAAGUUAUGCCAGAAAAUGUUUUUAACCCUCUGGGUAAUCUUACAACUUUGGAUAUUAGCAGGAACAUUAUAAAGGAAAUGCCAGAAAGUUUGUUUAACAAACUUACUUCCUUGCGUAAUCUCUAUCUCUUUGAAAAUGAAUUAGAACAGCUACCCGUUGGCAUUUUUCGUGGCUUAGAACAUUUAACUGCUUUGGACAUUUCAAAAAACCAGCUCUCUGAAGUUCCAGUUGAACUUUUUAGUAAUCUUUCUAAGCUGGAACAUUUACGUCUUUCCGGAAACCGCCUAAAAACACUUCCAGAAGCUGUUUUUCAAAGUGUACCCCGUUUGAAAAUCUUAAAUUUGGUUUCAAACAAAGAUCUUUCGCACCUCCCAGAACGGCUUUUAAAUGGUUUAGACAAUCUUCAAGGCUUGCUUUUAGACAAUUGUAAUCUGUCUAAUAUUCCUUUAUUUUUUUUCUCAAAUGCAUUUUCUUUACAAAAUCUCAAAAUCAGCAACAAUAAGCUUACUGUACUUCCAGAAACACUGUUCCUCACUAAUAGCAACUUAAAAGAAUUGGAUCUAAGCUUUAACAAGUUAAAUAACUUAUCACCAACAAUUUUUGAGAAGCAGAUUGCAUUAGAAAAAUUAAAUUUAGAAAAUAAUAGACUAGAGCAGUUACCUUUAGGGACAUUUAACAACUUAAUAAGUUUAAAAAUUCUCAAAAUAUCUUACAAUAAAUUAAACUGGAUAAACAAAGAGCUUUUUACAAAUCUCCAGAACCUAGAGCAUCUUGAUCUAAGCCAUAAUCAUAUUAAUUCGAUUGACUGGAAUGCAGCCUUAGGCAGUCUAUGGAAUUUAAAACUUCUCGAUUUUUCUUAUAAUAACAUAUCAAUGUUCCCAAAUCUUGACUGGAAGACGUUUUUAAAACUAGAUAUUUUAAAUUUUCAGUAUAACCAAAUAACAAAUAUAUCCGUACCAAUUCUGUAUUCUAAGUUUACUCGCGUGCUUCUGCGUUUUAAUAAAAUAACACAAGUAAAAGUGACCAAUCUGAAGACGUAUGAUAACUUACUAAAAUAUACACCUAAUUACAAUUCUAUAGAAUAUCUUCCAAGAUACCCUGACACACCUUCAUUCUUUCUUAGUGCAAAUCCCAUCCACUGUGAUUGUAAUUUGUUAGAGUUUUUCGAUUAUUUGACAUUAAGAUCAUCUGUCAAACACAACGCAAUUUUUCCCAAUGCGAAUCUAUUAAUGUGUGCUGGGCCUUCUUCUUUAGCUGGUAAGAAACUUCUGGACGUAGCAAGAAAUGAAUUAAAUUGUCCUAUAUAUCGUGACUGUCCAGAGCCGUGUGCUUGUCAUUUUCGAGGAUAUGACAAAACUGUCAAAGUUGACUGUAGUAAUAGAAAUUUAGAUGCAAUACCAGAGGUAUUACCACCCAACACAAAUGUGUUAUACCUUCAAAAUAACAGCAUAUCUUCCUUUAAAAAUGUCAACAGAAGCUCUUCUCACAUCAUGAACUUAAAGGAACUAUAUCUUGACUAUAAUCUCUUAUCAGCAAAAACAGACUGGGUGCUUCCACCAAAUCUUCGCUUCCUUUCUUUAAAAGGAAACCGGCUAGAAUCUCUGCCACAAGCUUUGGUAUGGUUCACAAGACAAAAUCAAGGUAGCCUCAAACUUCGACUUGGGAAAAACGAAUGGCGAUGUGACUGUUCCGUUCUCGAAUUCAAAUACUGGUUAAGUGUUUCUCGUAAUAUAGUAACUGAUUCUCAGGAUAUUCUGUGUUAUAAUUUGAUGCAAAACAAUGGAAGUCGAAUGGCAACGAUCCUGGAUAUCCCGGACGAGGUACUUUGUCCAAAAAAUGGGCUCAGUCACUGUAUCAUACUAAUAACUGUGUCAGUUGUGGGUAUUCUUCUCUUUCUUUUUUUAUCUUUCACAGUAGUUAAAAAGUUCAUUGAUGAUAAUAAGAAAAUUAGAAACAUUUACAGAGUUUCCCAAUCUGUGUUUAAAGAAGAUGCGAAAAUUAAAGAAAAAAUAAAUUCGAACUAUAACGUGUUGACAUUAGAACACUAUCUUAUUAUGAUGUGUAACAGACAGAAGGCUUUCCAUUGUAUUCUGUUCAUUUUGCUCCUCCAUCUCUCUGAUGGAUUCAAGUGUUUGAGAAACUACGACCCCAUCUGUAAAACAGUAUAUUGUUCUACCAUGCUCCCAAAGAAACGUUUAUAUUGUACGCUAGAGGAUGAUCGAGAACAUCACAAUAUUGUACAGACUGCUUAUGUGAUUACAUAUGAAUUUCAUAAUUAUCUCAAAGUUGAAUGUGACAAGAAUACUCCCUACAAACUAAAUAUGUUCACAGAACUUGAUGUACCAGAAAUUGGUGAUAUAAUCUUUAUUGGAUGCCCGUUACCAAACUUGCGAUUCAGUGAUAUUUUGUCUGGAUUGAAAGUAAGAAAGUUAACAUUUGAAAGUCGAAAAUCCAUAUCACAGUUGAAUGUUUCUCUAUUCGAAGAACUGACGUCGUUAAACGAAUUAAAUCUGUCAAAAAAUAAUAUUUCUAUUCUGCCAAGUGAUAUCUUUCAAAAUUUUAUUAAUAUUACAUCACUGUAUCUUUCCGAUAAUAACUUAGAGAUACUACCAGAAAAUAUUUUUCAAUCGUUAACAAACUUGGAAAAAUUGGAACUUGGAUCCAACCAAUUGCUUGAGCUUCCAGUAGGGAUUUUCAGAAAUCUUUGGAAACUAAAACGCAUGUAUUUGUACAGAAACAAGUUAAGUACUCUCACAAGGGAUCUGUUCAGCGGUCUUAAAGCCCUGGAAAGUUUAAAUUUAUAUGGGAAUGAGUUAAUACACUUACCAGAAGACGUAUUCUCAGAUCUAUCAACACUUAAAUUUUUAAGCCUGUCCGAAAACAAACUUAAAAAUAUAUCAAAUAAACUGUUCAGAAAAAACCUGGCUCUUGAGAAAUUGAACCUCAAUUAUAACCCAACUAUUAAAAAUCUUCCUGGUGAUCUUUUGGCUGGAUUAUCAAAACUAAGAAAGUUCUACAUUAGUCAUUGCAACUUAACAAAUAUUCCCAGUUUGCUGUUUUCAAAAGCACCAAAUCUGUUAGAAAUAAGUAUGAUAAAUAAUAGUCUGUCCUCUCUUCCUGCUGAAGUAUUUCAAGGUAACGUAAAGUUAAGUGAUUUGAAUAUGAGCCAUAAUAAUCUCACAUCGUUACCUUUAGGGAUAUUUGAUAAACAAACCAACCUUCGAACACUUCUAUUAAACAACAACAAAAUCGAGAGUUUAAAGCCAGGCAUAUUUGCAAAUCUUAUUAAUCUACAGGAAAUUAAUCUUGAAUCAAAUCUUCUAAAAAAAGUUAGUGAUACACUUUUUGAAAAUUUUCCUAAACUGGAAAUCUUAAAUCUUCGAAACAAUCAGAUAACAUUUGUAGCAUAUGAUAACCCAACAAAACUCAAAAAUAUUGAUCUGACACACAACAAACUCAAAGAAUUACCUGAUAUAAAUUGGUUGAUGGCAGUGAAUUUAAAAGUUUUGUAUCUACAAAACAACCAAAUUACGAACCUCACAAUUCCGAUUAUAUACUCUCACAGUGCUAAUAUUUUUCUGCAAAAUAAUCAGAUCGAAACAGUGAAAAUGGAUGAAGUAAAAGAAUACAAAUUUUCUUCGAAGGCUACCUCUGAGUUAAACCAUUCAAAAGAUCUUCCAGAAGAAGCCCAUGUUUUUUACCUCAGCGAUAAUCCAUUCCAAUGUGAUUGUAACUUGCUGGAAUUUUCUGAUUAUUUAAAACAAUCCUUUCUUAAUAUUGACACUAUUGCGAAGUUUUCCAGCACAAAGGAUUUGACGUGUAAUGGCCCUUCUCAUUUGGCCGGGAAGACUAUUAUCAGUGUUCCAAGGGAUGCAUUCACUUGUGUUGUGGAAAAUGAUUGCCCGGGUUUGUGUCACUGUUAUUUUCGAGCUUCUGAUAAGACACUACUUGUAAACUGUAGUGGGUUACACCAGGAUUAUCUGCCACCAUUACUUCCGGAGAAAGCUACCGUUUUACACUUCGAGAAAAAUAAUAUUAAGUCUCUUAAUGUCACGUCAUUUGAAAUGUACAGAAAUCUCACGGAAAUAUAUUUAGACGAAAAUCAUAUCUCCUCUAUUGAUAAUUGGAAUUUGCCUCCAAAGCUUGAAGUGAUAUCUUUGAGAGGAAAUUACUUAACUGGAGUUUCCAAUAAUAUAAUUAAACAAGCUGAAAAUUUACAGAGUUUAAAUCUACGUCUUGGAAAAAAUCCUUGGAAAUGUGAUUGUCAUGCGUUAGAGUUCAAAUUAUGGCUGACGGAACAUUUGCAGAAAGUCACAGAUAUAGAAGAUAUUUAUUGCUCAGAACCAAUGAAACUUAAUGGAACACUAUACAACGAAUUACUUGUACAAAUACCAGAUACUGUUCUGUGUCCACAUAAUAACUGGCCACAGAAAAUUAAGUUAAUAAGUAUUUCUGUAAUAAGUGUGGUUUUUGCUGUGCUUUUAUUUGUAGCAUCUGUGUUUUAUUAUCGCAAUAAGCGGACGUUUAUUGCUUAUAUGUAUAUUCAUUUAUAUAGUAUUUUUACAUGUUUCUUUACUGAAAAAGAACUAGACGAAGACAAGAUAUUUGAUGCUUUCAUUUCAUAUAGCAGCUCAGACAGAGAAGUUUCUUUUAGCAUUUUGAAAGAACUGGAAAACAAUGAACCAUAUUUUAAACUCUGCAUUCACGAUCGUGAUUGGUUGGUUGGAAAUGCUAUCAGCUGGAAUAUAGUUAAUUCAGUUCAGAGCAGCAAAAAAACAAUCCUAGUUAUCUCCAAAGACUUCUUGGAGAGUGUGUGGUUUCGAAUAGAAUUUCACACUGCAUAUUACCAAAUGUUGAAAGAUAAAGUCGAUCGUUUGAUUGUUGUGGUCAGAGGGGAAUUACCUCCAAGUGGUACUCUUGACAAGGACUUUCAGUUUCUGUUGUCAACGAAAACUUAUCUUGUGUGGGGAGAGAAAUGGUUUUGGGAAAAAUUAAGAUACGCCAUGCCUCACCACAAAUCGUUGAGUGUUCCCAAAAAUAACACACCUUUCCGUAAUCGACCACCAUCAACAAUCCUGAACACUGUAAACAAACAGAUAGAAAGUAACAUUAUCAAUGAGAAUAGAAAUAAAAAACACAACAUUCUGCCUAAAAGGAACAAAGAAGUAGCAUCUAAUGAAAAUAACUUACAGGUAUUAACUAUUCCUAUGGAAUCUUCAAGGAGAAAUGGCGAAGUUUUUAUUUGUUCAAGAGUAUGA